AUGGCAAACGUCUUACUUAUUUACCAACACGUUGGAAAAUCGAUAAGAGAAACUGCUGUCCAUCCAAUUCCACUUCAUCCAUCAAAGAAUCCUUCCAUCUGCCCAGUCGAAAAUCUAAAAUUUUAUCAUACAUUGUGCAAAGCAAUGCAACUCGACUUAGCCUCAGGUUUCCUCUUCCAUACAACCGCCAAUCACACCUCCAUAUCCAGUUCCCCUUUCUUGGCCUCCGCUGCUCAAGCAAUGUUUGUAACGUAUUUGAAGUUUCUGGGCCUAUACGAGAUGGUUCAUGGAUUUAGAGGUAAUAUAUUUCCUAUAUAUUUCUGGACCUACGAGACGGUUCAUGGAUUUAGAGGUGGAACUGCCAUUCUACUUAGCCUGCUUGGCGCAUCCAAGAACAUCAUCACCAAACAUAUCAGAUGGUCAUCAACACGGAUGGUUGGUCACUACACACAAGCAGACAAGGUCCUCACAGUGAGAAAUACUGUGGACAGACUUAACGAGAGUAUUCUACCAGUGGCAUGA